ACCAGCCGCAGAAGACGAGAGGCGGCGCUGGACCUUGUGCCAAUCUGCAAUUGGCCAACUCGCUGAUACACCGACCAUUGGAACAUCACCCGCCACAAUCGCUCCAAGAUGCGGCUCUCCUCGCUAUUGGCCGUGCUCGCCUCGGCGUUUGCGUGGACUGCGGCGGCCCAGGAUGACUACAGAAGCAUAACGCUCAAAACACACUCCAUCGAACAACCUUACUUGGACUCUGACAUGCAGAGCCGAUGGUUUGACUUUGGCGGAGAUACCAUCAUUCGAACAGACUCAUAUAUUCGCCUUACCUCCGAUCGACCUUCACAAAACGGCUGGCUCUUUUCACGAGUGCCCCUUACAGCUACCAACUGGGAAGUCGAGGUUGAAUUCAAGAUCCACGGCAAGAAUCAGCUCUACGGCGAUGGCUUCGCCAUGUGGAUCACGAAGCAGCGAGGCCAGAUCGGUCCCGUCUUUGGGCAUGCGGAUAAAUUCGAAGGCCUGGGCAUCUUUAUCGACACAUACAAGAACAACCGACCCGGCGUUGUCUUCCCCUACGUCAUGGCCAUGUUUGGGGACGGACAGGCGAGCUACGACAAGAACAACGAUGGCAAGGAGACGGAGCUGGCAGGUUGCUCGGCCCGGGGUCUUCGUCACUCGACCAUUCCCACCAAGAUGCGAUUGACUUACUUCCAGGAUAAGACGCUCAAGCUCGAGCUCCAGUACAAGACCGUCGGCGACUGGACGGUGUGCUUUGAGGUGGACAACCCUCCUGCGAUCCCCAACAUUGCCUAUCUCGGAUUCAGUGCCGAGACUGGCGAGCUGAGCGACCACCACGACAUCAUCUCCGUCUCGUCCAAGAACCUCUACACCAGCCCGGCCAAUGGUCCUGGUUCAAAGGGAUCCCCGAAGAACUCGUACAGGGGCAGCAAGAGCAACAGCAGCAACAGCGACCAGAGCGGCGGAAGCUGGACAUGGUUCUUCACCAAGAUCAUCCUCUUCAUCCUCGUUGCGGGCGGUGGCUAUGUGGGAUUCACCAUUUACAGGUCAAGAACCAAGAGCCACAGAUUCUAGGCGAACCGUGCAUCGGAGGAAAGAUACACACAAGUAUGGGCUGGAGAUCGUAUUAGGUACAGGGGACAAGGUGUGCAGAGACACGCAAACUCGGCCAUCUAAACUAGACUCAGGCAGGGGGGCCCUUACCAAGGAGAGGUCAGAAUCAUAUAAUUCGAGUUGAGUCAAGAGGCGGGCUGGAAAGGGACGUCGCCAUUGUCCGUGCAAGAAAGCAGUCAAUGGUUUUCUUUGUGCUGGGGAGUUGGGUCAUUUGAUACAUUGCUUGACGGGGCACGCGGUGGCGGUGAUUUCUUAUGGAAAAAUUGAUGAAGAUUAUAUCAUUAGCGACGAAAUGGCACUUUUAUUGGCCCAAG